AAGCUAUUUUCUGCAAGCGACAAGGUGACAAGAUGGUCAAGCGCAGGGCAUCAGACACGCUUGAGGAUGAGCGUCACAAGAAACGAUUACACGAAAGUGAGCCGGAUUGGGUGUCUCGACUCAGCCACGAACUGACGCUGCGGGUCUUGUCAUUUCUGCCCGUGCCCGACUUGAUCAUCUGCCAGAGCGUGUCGCGACAUUUCCACCUUCUCGCUGGAGACUCGCAAUUAUGGAAAGCUCUAUACUACAACCGGUUUGUCCGACCGAGGGCAUCACGUAUACCUGGCAUUCACGAAUCUGGAAUACCGGCUGAGAGUCUAUGGUAUUCGAGCAAGCUAUCCAAAUGGCUGGACGAGGACAACCUGGUCAGAAGAGGGAAAGAGACAAACUGGAAGAGGCAGUACAAGACAAGGCACAACUGGACAAAAGGAACAUGCGGUGUCAGUGAGGUCCCUGUCUCGCCGGAAGCGUCAGUCCCACCAACUCUGCUUCACAUGCACGACGGCAUCAUCUUCAUGGCAGACCAGCUUCACGGUCUACGUGCGUGGUCUUCUCAAUCCGGCAAGGGCAUCCUAGCCACCAUCCCAUUUCCUAACCAUGACAGCUCUCCAUCGGCUCUGACUGUCGACUCUGCGUCUGCGUCCGCAUCUGCAUGUACCAUCACUCUGGCUGUAGGCUUCCAGGACGGCUCUUUCACGCUUUACGACCUCCAACUCCACCAGCGUCGCUUUGUUACUCGCUACUCUCACGAACCUUCUUCCAAUGGCUUGAUCUCGGCUGCUGCAAUAUCCUUCCCCUACCUGGCCACCAUGACUGCAAGCCAGCUCCUAUCUUUCUACAAGUUUGCAAUCAAGGACGAUGAGACGAUAGAAUCUGGAACUGUCGGACCGCCCCGCUUAUUACAGUCCUUGCACUCUCGCACAGUCUGGCCACCGCUCACCCUAUCCAUCCGACCACAACCAGAUACUGUACUGGUAUCAAUAGCCUACUCUCUACCCACCUACCUUAGCGGCUGGACUGUUGGGAUCCAAGAGAUGCGCUUAACACCAGAAGGCAAACUCCUCGAAUCUCGUCUCGCCUCAGCAAUCGAUCAAAACUACCGCCCUCUUACCUUCAACAACUCCCCCAUACCAACGCCACCACCACAGAACAUUCCCCCUUUUGGCCACUUCAACACUUCGGAAGCGAACCAAAUACAUUCGAAACCGACCUCUCUAUCCUACUCUCACCCAUAUCUCCUAGUCUCCCACCCUGACAACACAUUGACACUCUACCUCGUCUCCUCCACAACAGAGACUCUCAAAAUCAGCCCAGGCAACAGACUUUGGGGCCACACUUCCUCAGUCUCUGGUGCUCACGUAGGAGGUCGUGGUAAAGCAGUCUCUGUCAGUACUCGCGGCGACGAACUCCGCGUCUGGGAACUCGAAGGUGGCUUUGCAUCAGCAGCGGCGCGAAGAAGAUUAGCAGCCGGUGAACUGAGCGUGCAAUUACGACCUGAGAGACCGACCAUGGCAUCAAUACCACCUUCUAUUGACGAUCCUGCUCCGCCGAUCAAGUCAAGAAAUAUUGGAUUGGGUGCUGCACUGCAGAAUAGCGGGUUAGAUGAGACUAGCAUGACGAGAGGCUGGGUAGGCUUCGACGACGAUAAAGUCGUCGUGCUGAAAGAGAAAUAUUGUGGUAAUCAAGCCUUGGUGAUUUAUGACUUUACGUAGCGAUCUGUUUUUUUUACCUCUAUUUCUUAUCUUUACAAAAAACAAUUCCUUGACAUGGAUAUUUCUCCCUCGCCAUUGUACAGAUAUCGAUUUGGUGUCUCGUGUUUGGUGGUAAAUUCGCAACUUUUCCAC